CAUGUUUACAGGAGCGGCUGGGUUUCCAUGCAGUGAGGGGGUGCUGUGUCUCGGGGGGACUGGCUGGAAGCAGGUCCUCCUGAGCCGCCAGGCUGCGUGGGGCGGAGAGGACAGAGGGGAGCAGGCGAGCGGCGAGGAAUGGUCCAGCUGAGCAGAGGAGGCGGCGAGGAGACUCGCACCAUGGAGCUUCCGCAGGGCCCGAGGAAGCCUGUCUCACAGAGAAGAGCUCGGUCCUGGGACAGGUCGCAGAAGCCCAGGAAGGACCCGGAGUCCCGGGAAGGCCAGUACCUCUCCCUGCCCGCCACACCCCCCAGACGGGCACCUGCGGGGAGGGCCCGCGAUGGCAGCCGGCACCUCGGCGGCCUGGGGUCUCCGGAGGCUCCAGGCCCCGAGGCCCUCAGCCUGGAGGCGGCCAGGGAGCUGCUCACCAGCGAGCAGAGGCCUCCGCGGGACAAGAAGGACAAGGCCCAGAGCCGCAACCAGCAGGGGUGGCUGAAGACGGUACUGAACUUUUUCCUGAGGACAGGCCCCGAGGAGGCCAAGGACAAGGCGGCCAGGAGGGCCAGGGCGAAGGAGGGCCUGCCCCCGCCCGCAGAAGCCUCGGAGCCCAGGAAGAAAGCCCACGACAAGAAGGCCGGCCGCAAGAAGCAUGGCCACAGGAGGCACGGGGACGGGGACGCCAAGGGGCCCCCGGGCCAGGAAGCCGGAGGCCAGGACAUAGCUGCUGCCUGGCGCUCCCAGGAGGCCCACCUGGGCCCAGGACCCAGAGGCGGGGCGGACCCUGGUCCCCACCAGUCCGUGCUCAUCGAAGGCCGGGGUGCUGGGGCCUCGGAGCCUUCUUCCCAAGCCACGGGCCGCCGGCCGGAGGAGGAGCCCCAGAAGCUUGACCAGCUUGACCAGGAUACUAUCAUCCAGAUGAUAGUGCAGCUGCUCCAAGCCGUAGGGGACGAGUGGGAUGAAGAGGUCAGGGACCUGGCCCAGUUUUUCCCAUGCCCCCUACAACUUCAAGGCUCUCAGCGAGAAGUGGCCCCACAAGACCCGGCCCCAGCUGCCGUCAGGAAGAAAUCCCAGGAGAGAAGGUCCAGCCUUAGGAGAACCUCUUCUCACAAGAAGCAGGGCUCCGAGGAGCCCAGGAGAGCAGGGGCUGCGGAUGCUCCCAGCCCGGAGUCCCGGCCGUCCAAGAAGCCCAGCUUCCUGUACAUGUGCGUCGGGGGCCACCGGGCCUCCAUCUCCAGCAGCGUUGACUUGGAAGAACCUGAAGUCCAAGAGGCCUCGUCUACAGAUUGUGGGGGUCCAAGACACUGCGAGCUUCCCAUCCACUCAGGAAGCCGGGCGCCCGGAGAGGAGGGUCAGCCGGAAAAAGCCUCGGAGUGCAAAGAAUUUAUCCAGAAGAUCGUCACCCUACUCCAAGAUGCAGAGGAGCAGGAGGGGGAGAAGCAGCUCCAAGGCCAGGAGGCAGAGGUGGCCCCGGAAAACACGGCCCUGCCCUGCAGGAAGAAAUCCCAGGAGAAGAAGUCGAGCUUCCGCAAAGCCUUUUCCCAUAAGAAGCACGGCUCCAAGGAGCCCAAGAGAGCAGGGGCUGCAGGGGCCGCCAGCCCGGAGUCCCGGCGGCCCAGGAGCCCCGGGGGCAGUGACACGCUUGAGGACUUGGUGCAAACACAUUCACAGCAGCUCCUUUUGCCCCAGAUCCGGAGGGUCCUGAGUUCCGGGAGUCUUCGCCCGCAGAAGGGGGACGAGUCGGACCCUCAGAAUCACCCUCCGAGGCCAGAAGCCACGAGCCAGAAGGGAGACCUCCGCCGGACGGAGCAGGAGCUGGUCAUCCAGCAGCUGGUGGCGCUCCUCCCAGGAGUGGACGGCCGUUUGGGGGAGCAGAUCAGAAAGCUGGCGGCCACCCUGCGCAGACGGGGCGCCUGCUCCCCUGAGCCCUGCAGGGGCCUCUCAGAGAGGCCUUACCAGUUUGCCUUCGACUUGGCCAACAAGUAUGCGGGCAGGAAUGGGCACAGCGCCCUCAGCCUGAUGGGCCUGCGCUACCCCCAGCUCCCACACACGGAGGCCCCGCAGAACAUCACAAGUCUUGACAUCCAGAGUCCAGAUUGA